CCCACCUCAGAGUGAAACCGAAAGCGUUCGUUGUGAGUGAAGAAACGCCAUUUCGAAGGAUUGAAGAACAAAAGUUUCCUUCGCGUGACACGGCCUGAAAUCAAGUCUCUAAUGUGAUAGGAGGAGAAAUAGAAAAGCCAAUGAAAGUAGUCAUUAAGGAUGGAAAGGAAAGCUAAACAUCCAUGUGAAAUGAGUGUGUUUGAAGAGAGAGAGAGGGAGGCUUUCAUUCAGACUGUGAGAGCAGUUUCUCCAUUAUCUAGCUGUGUGUCUAUGAUGUGUAACCACUCCAUUGGUCUCCCCCCUGAUCGCAGUGAUGGAGCUGUUAGCUCUGACUUUGUCUGGGAAAGGACCAGAUCUCCAUUAUCUAGCUGUGUGUCUAUGAAGAGCAACAACUCUAUGGGUCUCCCCCCUGAUCUCAGUGAUGGAGCUGUCAACUCUGAGUUCCUCAAGAGAAAGAGAGAAGAGUCUUCAUUGUCUAGCAGCAUGUUUAUAAAGAGUGACCACCCCUUUGGUCUCCCCCUUUAUCUCAGUGAUAGAGCUGUGAACUCUGACUCUGUCUGGGAAAGGACCAGAUCUCCAUUAUCUAGCUGUGUGUCUAUGAAGAGCAACAACUCUAUGGGUCUCCCCCCUGAUCUCAGUGAUGGAGCUGUCAACUCUGAGUUCCUCAAGAGAAAGAGAGAAGAGUCUUCAUUGUCUAGCAGCAUGUUUAUAAAGAGUGACCACCCCUUUGGUCUCCCCCUUUAUCUCAGUGAUAGAGCUGUGAACUCUGACUCUGUCUGGGAAAGGACCAGAUCUCCAUUAUCUAGCUGUGUGUCUAUGAAGAGCAACAACUCUAUGGGUCUCCCCCCUGAUCUCAGUGAUGGAGCUGUCAACUCUGAGUUCCUCAAGAGAAAGAGAGAAGAGUCUUCAUUGUCUAGCAGCAUGUUUAUAAAGAGUGACCACCCCUUUGGUCUCCCCCUUUAUCUCAGUGAUAGAGCUGUGAACUCUGACUCUGUCUGGAAAAGGACCAGAUCUCCAUUAUCUAGCUGUGUGUCUAUGAAGAGCAACAACUCUAUGGGUCUCCCCCCUGAUCUCAGUGAUGGAGCUGUCAACUCUGAGUUCCUCAAGAGAAAGAGAGAAGAGUCUUCAUUGUCUAGCAGCAUGUCUAUGAAGAGUGACCACUACAUUGAUCUCCCCCCAUGUAAACUCAUCAGCAAUAGAAAGAGAGAGUCUUCUCCAUUAUCUAGCUGUGUGUCUAUGAAGAGUAAUCACUCCAUGAGUCUCCCCCCUUAUCUCAGUGAUGGAGCUGUGAACUCUGACUCUGUAUCUCCCUACUAUCAGAAACACAUCAGUCAUUUUAAAACAGAGGCAUGCCUGAUGAUUGAUUCUCAACAACUAGUGCAUGAUGAUCUCCAGAGAGUCAAAGACCAGCACAGAUUCAUCAUGAAGAUCAAGUACGAGAGCUUAUUUGAGGGAGUGAAACUCCAGCAGAAUCAAACCCUCCUGAACAGCAUUUACACACAGCUGUACAUCAUAGAGGGAGAGAGUGAAGGAGUGAAUGAAGAACAUGAGGUGCUGCAGAUGGAGAAGAGAUACAAGACUCUCCAAGACACUCCAAUCAACUGCAAUGACAUCUUUAACCCUUCAGCUGAAGCAGGAGAUGAGGAGAAGAGCAGAGAGGAGAAAGAGCAGAUCAAGACUGUUCUCACUAAAGGCAUCGCUGGAAUUGGAAAAACCGUCUCUGUGCAGAAGUUCAUUCUGGACUGGGCCGAGGGAAAAGCCAAUCAGGAUGUAGAUUUCAUCUUUGUGCUUCCGUUUCGAGAGCUGAACUUGAUUAAAGAUCAUCAGUACAGUCUUCACACACUUCUGCUGGACUUUCAUCCUGAACUUCAGCAUCUGGACUCACAGAUUUAUGAGGAGUGUAAAGUCGUGUUCAUCUUUGAUGGUCUGGAUGAAAGCAGAAUCACACUGAUGUUUUCAGACUGUCAGAAAGUUUCUGAUGUGACUGAAGCUUCAUCAGUGAGUGUGUUGAUGUCAAACCUCAUGAAAGGAGAUCUGCUUCCCUCCGCUCUCAUCUGGAUCACCAGCAGACCAGCAGCGGCCAAUCAGAUCCCCUCAAAACACAUCAGCCUCGUGACGGAGAUUCAGGGCUUCAAUGACCCUCAGAAGGAGGAAUAUUUCAGGAAGAGAAUCAGAGAUGAAGAUCAAGCCAGCAGAAUCAUCUCCCACAUCAGAAGAGCAAGAAGCCUCCACAUCAUGUGCCACAUACCCGUCUUCUGCUGGAUCUCAGCCACUGUGCUUCAAACCAUCCUGAGACAAGAUCUGAGUGCAGAAAUCCCUCAAACUCUGACUGAGAUGUACAUUCACUUCCUCCUCAUUCAGACACACAUGAGAAAGCAGAAGUAUGAAGAGAGAGAUCCAGAGAAACUCCUGCGGUUCAACAGAGACGUGAUUGUGAAACUUGCUGAACUGGCUUUCAAUCAGCUGAUGAAGGGCAAUGUGAUGUUCUACGAGGAGGACCUGAUUGAGAGCAGGAUAGACGUCGCUGACGCCUCAGUGUAUUCUGGGAUCUGCACUGAGAUCUUCAGAGAGGAAUCUGUGAUUUAUCAGAGGAAGGUUUACAGCUUUGUUCAUCUGAGCUUUCAGGAGUGUUUUGCAGCACUGUAUGUGUUUUACUGCUAUUUACACAACAACACUGAGGUGAUGAAGAUGUUCCUGACAGAAAUAUACAGAACUCAGAGUAAGAAAGUUUCUCUGGAUGUGCUUCUGAAAGGAGUGAUGAUUGAAGCCUUGAAAAGUAAAACUGGACACCUGGAUCUGUUCCUGCGAUUUCUUCAUGGCGUAUCACUGGAGUCCAAUCAGAGACUCUUACAGGAUCUGCUGAAACACACAGAGAACGACCCAGACAGCAUCAAGAAAAUAAUCAAAAACCUCAAACGAGGACAAAAAAACAACGUCAGUCCUGAAAGAUGGAUGAAUCUCUCACACUGCUUGAUGGAGAUGAAGGACAAUUCUGUGGUUAAAGAAAUGCAAGCAUUCUUAAAAUCUAAAACACAAAGAAAAUGUCUUUCUCUUGCACAAUGUUCGACUUUGGCAAACAUGAUCCUGAUGUCAGAGGAGGUGCUGGAUGAGCUAGACAUUAAAAAGUACAACAUUAAAUCAAAAGAAGGUCGAUGGAGACUGAUACCCGCUGUGAGAAACUGCAGAAAAGCUCUAUUGUCAGAAUGUAAUCUUGCAGAUCAACACUGUGAAACUGUAGCUUCAGCUCUACAAUCAUCAAACAACCUCUUGAGAGAAGUGAAUCUGAGUCGCAAUGAGCUGCAGGAUUCAGGAGUGAAGCUGAUCUGUGCUGGACUGAAGAGCCCAAACUGUCAACUCAACGUUCUGAAAUUGUCAGGCUGUAAUCUCACUAAACAGUCCUGUGAAACUGUGGCUGUGUCUCUACUUUCAUCAAACUGCCGCCUGAGAGAGCUGGACCUGAGUCGCAAUGACCUGCAGGAUUCAGGAGUGAAGCUGAUCUGUGCUGGACUGAAAAGUGCAAACUGUCAACUCAACACACUGAGACUGGCAAAAUGUAACCUCACUGAUCAGUGCUGCGAAACUAUAUCUUCAUUUCUACAAUCAUCAAACUCUGUCUUGAGAGAGCUGGACAUAAGCAACAAUCGUCUGCAGGAUUCAGGAGUGAAGCUGAUUUUUACUGCAAUAAAGAGUGAGAACUGUCAACUCAACAUCCUGAGAUUGUCAAGUUGUAACCUCACUGAUCAGUGCUGUGAAACUUUGGCUUCAUCUCUACAAUCAUCAAACUGUGUCCUGAGAGAGCUGGACCUGAGUAACAAUGAGCUGCAGGAUUCAGGAGUGAAGCUGAUCUGUGCUGGAUUGAAGAGCCCAAACUGUCAACUCAACACACUGAGACUGUCUUACUGUAUGGUGACAGAGGAAGGUUGUGCGGCUCUGGCUUCAGCUCUGAGCUCAACCUCGUCACACCUGAGAGAGCUGGAUCUGAGCUACAAUCACCCAGGAGAAGCAGGACUCAAACUGCUCUCUGACAAACUCAAACACCUCCACAAACUCAAUCUGGGUCAUGGAGGGGAAUUCAGGACUAUAUCAACACUACACAAAUACGCCUGUAAACUCACACUGGAUCCAAACACAGCACACAAACACCUCGUUCUAUCGGAGGAGAACAGAAAGGCGACGCGUGCGUUUAAGGAUCAGUCUUUUCCUAGUCAUCCAGAAAGAUUUGAUAAAUUGAAUCUUCAGGUUGUGAGUAAAGAGAGUCUGACUGGACGCUGUUACUGGGAGACUCAAUGGAGCGGAUAUGCUGAAAUAUCAGUGUGUUAUAAAGGAAUCAAGAGGAAAGGAUGGAGUGAUGACUGUGAGUUUGGGCGUAAUGAUCAGUCCUGGAGUCUUCAUUGCUCUGAUCACUCAUUCUCUGUCUGUCACAAUGAUGAACGCACACACAUCUCAGUUCCUCCAACCUUUAGUGGGACAGUAGGAGUGUUUGUGGACGAGUCGAGCGGCUCUCUGUCCUUCUACAGCGUCUCUGAUAAACUCACACACUUACACACAUUCAACACCACAUUCACCGACACACUCCACGCUGGAUUUAGACUUUUUUCAAACUCUUCCGUGUCUCUGUGUCACAUUUAAUAACACACACACACACACACGCACGCACGCACGCACGCACGCACGCACGCACAAACACACACACACGCACACACAUAUGGCGUGUGGAAUGGGUCAAUAACUUGACGCUGCAACGUGCACUCGUCUCACUGAACGUGACGUCUGCGUCUGCCGAACGUGACGUCUUCGUCUGCCGAACGUGACGUCUGCGUGUGCCGAACGUGUCGUCGGCGUCUGCCACAUUACUGUUCCGCUGCUUUAACGUGACGUCUGCGUCACGUCUGCGUCUGCUUCAAGGGUUUGCAGCACAGUGCUCUCAUUUCUGCUUUAUCAUACCUAUUCAUUCUCUAUCAGUGUUUUCACUUAUCCACAGUUAUGUUUCAUUUGCAAUUAAGUGCUUUUUACCUUUCUUAUUUAUAGUUUUUUAUUUCAAAUGGUAAAUAAUUAUACAAAUGAUUUAAACAUUUUGGUAUGCCAUAUAUGGUUAUUCCUAUAUUGCUUCUUUUAUUGUGGUUACAGCUGAUUGGUGUGUGUACAGUUUGCAGCAGUGUGUGUGCACACCUGAUGGCUGUGUUUGACCUAUAGUUCAUGUGUGUGCUCAUAUGAAAGCCUUUGCUUUGAAAUUGCAAGGAAAUUCCAUUAUGAAAAAUGUCUGUGUCAAAAGCAUCCAAGUGUGUUUAGUGAUUUGCAAAUGACUGUGUGUAAUGUUUUGCUAACAGUAUGAAGCUAUGUGCCUACAGUUGUGCAGAUCUAGCCUUGUGUUUUGCUCCAUGAUUGUACGGUUUUGCUAAUUGUAGGAAAAGUUUAAUUUUAGUGUGUUAGCAAUCAUGAAAAACUGUAACUGGGUAUUAGGUAUAAACUAGGCUAUUAUAUUUAUCUACAAUACAUAUGUUAACAGUAGUAUAGAUGUAAAUAUUAGUCUUCAAUAAAUAUGUUUAACAGGAGUUAUAAAUAAAUAAUCUUCAAUAAAUAUGGACGGCAAUGUUGCAGUAUGGAAGAGGAAGUACGGAAGGGAGGAAGAUUGGUAAACAGGAGACAGGGGAUGGGAUUUUUUAUAUAUUGAAAUGUACACAUCACCAGAAAGCUGAAUAAAACACUUUACAAUUUU